GAAGAUUACAACUUGAAUACAGUUUCAUACUACAACUUAACAGCCUGCUGCUGUGGCAUCUGACUCGGUAUUUAACCAACCAACCUGCUGAUGUGGCGUCUGACUCAGCAUUUAACUAACUAACCAACAUGAUGAUGUGGUGACUCAGCGUCUAAUUAACUAUUCAUCCAGUUGAAGAAAAUAUCGGAAACAAACACGCCUUUAUUCAGAAAAGCGCUUCUCUCAAAACUUAAACAAUUACUAUAGCUCUAUUUAAUUUCUAUUUCUACCGAUUUUUGUUUAAUUUCAAGAAUUUUGUGCCUGAUAUAUUUUUUCCUUCAAUUUGUGUGUAACUCCAGUUUUGUAGGAGUUGUAUUUUAGCUGAUUGGAUUGAGAUGCCAAGCUUCGACGGGCUCCCCAUUUCAAAAGAUGAAUCGGUGAUGUAAAAUUGUGUCAAUCGGGCGCUGGAUUGAAUUUUGCAUGAUCAUUUCAUAUGCGCAGUGAUGAGGAGCCAAUUGCCUUCAAGAAGAUGCAUGGUUUUUCCACAAUCGAUGGCUUUGUGGAGAUAAACGAAAAAUUGGCAGACAUGUUAAAAUUCGUGGCGAACGAGCCCUCUGUGGGGCUUUAUUAUAUCCAGCACCACACUCAGAAUGUAGCUCCCAACAUUCUCGAUCUCAAGAACAAAGUCUCUGAAAAAUCACGUGAGACAGCUUUGCAUACAGAAGAUCUCGAUGAUUCCAUGACAAUGUUGAAGUCGAUGAAGGAAUGUGGUAUUCCGGUUGCAGAUGAAAUGCUCAGAGAUAUAAAAAAAUCCCUUUCCAUCAUAUCGGCCAAGCAGCAAAAAAGAGGGCUAAUUUAUAGCUCCAACACCAGCUUUCUUGCAAGAACAAGCUCUUGGUCUCCAGCCUCGUGGGGUCGUAUUCCGCAGCAGGAUGGCAGCAGGAGCCCGGGUUACCUGUCCAGUGCUUUUAAGUCAGUGACACGGCGAGCUCAGAGAUUCAACCGGUCACAGUCGGGCUUUGAUGAAGCGUUUGAGUCCAAGAACAGGAAGCGUCCUUCGGAUACUGGUCCUGCAGUCGCCACCACAUCAGGUAGUAGGCCUUCUGGAAUGGUAGCAGAGCAAGAGACUUUGGAUUCACCGUCGUCGAAUGAGAAUGGCAGGGAACUGCAAGAAGAGUCGCAGCUGAGUAAGAGCCUGUCUCAUCAGCAUUUUCUGUCGUUGUAUGAGAACUACGACGAGUUCAAGGCCGAUCGGGAAGCUAAACUAGAAGAAUGGUUGGGAGGGGCAGGUGGUGCUGAGGAUCAAAGAAGGGGAAAGAAAUUGGAUAGAUAAGGUUUAGUUUAGUUCAGCAGCAGGAGUUGGUCCCCAUGACCACCAUUUUUAUGAGAUUGAAACUUUGAAUUAAUACAAAAUAAUGCACAUUUUCAGGUUGAUAAAUAA